UGACUGCAUUACAGUCGUGAUUAUAGUGUAACUUCUCGAGCAGUACGUAAAUUCAGUGCAUUCAAACGCGCGUUAUUUGAUGACAUUGCAGAAGUCAAUAUCAAUAAAAAGUAGACUUAUCGGUGUCAAAGUUCCUUUGGAGUUCCUCCUUUAGCUGGCGAAUGGGCGGAUGCAAGUGGAGUCGGCACUAUAUAAACAGGACUGACCGUAAGAUACAGCCUUUGUGGAGUUAAACAGCAGGAAUCCUGAUUGAAACGGAAGCUUCUUCUUUUUGCAGCACUGAAACUACCAUCAAACAUGAAUAAAGAAGACGACAUGAAGGAAGUAGAACUGAACGAGAUGGAUCAGGAAAAACAGCCGAUGACCGGAGAAACUCCGACAGGCACCAAAAAAAACGGCUGCGUAAAGGUUAAAGUGCCGGAGGACACCGAAGUCAAAUUUACUGGCCUCUCCAAAGAGGAGUUAAUGAAAGUAGCCGGUACAGCUGGGUGGGUUCGGACUCGUUGGGUCUUGCUGGUUUUGUUCUGGUUCGGCUGGAUUGGCAUGUUAGCUGGAGCAAUAGUAAUCAUAGUACAGGCCCCACGCUGUAAACCCAUUCCUGAGAUGAACUGGUGGAACGAAGGUCCUCUGUACCAGAUAUCUGACGUGAAUGAAUUCUCUGAAAAUGGACUAAAAGGAGUGGAGGAGAAGCUAGAUUAUAUCAACCAGAUGAAGGUGAAGGGGCUUGUUUUGGGUCCGAUACACACUGUGCAAGCAGACCAGUCAAGCACACUGGAACUAACUUCCAUUAACCCCGAAUUUGGCUCUGAGAGCCAGCUGAUUUCUCUGUUGGACCGAGCACAUAGAAAAGGAAUCUCCAUAGUGCUGGAUCUAACACCCAAUUAUGAGGGAGUUUCAGCCUGGUUCAACAAUGCUGCUUCUGUUGCUGAGCGACUCAAAGAAGCUUGUGUAUACUGGCUCAAUAAGGGGGUGGACGGCAUCUUCCUAUCACAUCUGAACGACAUUGCAAACACAGAAGCCUGGCCGUCUGUUCAAGGCAUAUUCAACAAAACUGAUGGGACCAAAAAAAGAGCUCUGAUGGGAUCAGUCACGGGUCUCUCCGCGGAUGAUGCCUCUCAUCUGCUGAACCAGUCCAGUGUUGACCUGCUCCUGACUGGACUGCCUGAUCCGGCUGAGCCCGGCAUAAGACAGGCCCAGGUGAUACAGAUACUCUAUGCUGAUCACCUGCAGACGAGUCUGGGCUGGAGUCUGAGCGGACGGACUCUGGGUUCUCUGGCUUCCAGAACUCCAGCAGCGCCCAUAAGACUCUAUCAAAUGCUGCUGUUCACCCUCCCGGGCACACCUGUGUUCAGCGCUGGAGAUGAGGUCGGACUGAAGGCUGGGGAGAAACUUGAAGCAAUGUGGGACUUGGAAAGUCAAGCAGAUGAUGACAAUGCAACAGCAAAGACUGUACAGGAGGAACGUACCGCAGUGUGUGACUUCUUUAAAGCACUCAGUGAUCUGAAAGGAAAAGAGCGAUCUCUUCUGCACGGAGAAUAUAUCAGCCUUCACAGUUCACCCACUUCAUUAGCAUUUCUCCGCCUCUGGGACCAGAGCGAACGUUUCCUGGUGGCCUUAAACUGGGGAAAUGACUCUGUUACCAUGACACUGACCUAUAGCGACCUGCCGGCUGAGGCUCGCGUCCGUGCUUCCACAGACACAGAGAAUCUAGCUGUGGAUAGUAAGGUGUCAGUAGAGAAGUUAGAGCUUGGGCCCAAACAAGCUGUUCUGUUGUCUUAUGCUUUUCCUGGCUAGACGCAUGGACACAGACAGUCCUUAGUGUCUCUGAUGAGUUUCAACACUGUGCACAGGUUUGGAAAUACUUUGUCUUUUGAGUUGAAUAGUUUAUAGUUUUAAUUGUAUUCUCUAAUAGGGAUACUUUUAGGAGCACUAACUUUAAAGCUAUAUGAAAGAGUUGUCACGGUUGGUGUAGGACAGAAGUUGAUUUCCAUAUAGAGACAUGUAGAUCUAAAGCCCCUGAUAUAAUAAUAAAUAAAAUUGCUACUG